AUGAAUAAUUUGCGGCCAAGCAACCUGAGUCUGAGGACUGUGAGCUCAAACAGACCUCAGCUGCACCACACCGAGGAUCAACGGUCUGUCGCAGCUUCGGACGACUACUACUCUUUCUCGGAUCAUAACUCCAGUCGAAGCCCAAGUAAUGGAAGUGCAGCUACCGUGAUGCGGUAUGCGACUCCUGCGUCAUAUCCUCCUUCCCGCACGGCCUCCCCUCACAUUUCUCGAACGCAUCUAGCCCCCGACAUGGCUGCACCAGAAGCAGAGCGAUCGGCUCCUCAACAAGACGGAACUCCAACGUCAAAUACUGUGCAUUUUGGCCAGGAUAGAGUUGCCUGGAUCAGCCCCAGAUCGGAUCACGACAGUCACCAAGAUCAAGAUCUUGGAGAGUACAGCGGAAGACCUGAUACUCCCGGCUUGGACGAUUCCCCGUAUGUUCGAUUCGCCAUCAAUCAGCUUACGCGCGAUGAAGAGACAGCUAGCCUGAGCCGAAAGAGCUCACUUGAAAGCGAUGAAUACCCGGCCGAUCGUCUCGUAUGGGAUGAAGGGUUAGGUCAGUUUACUCGUUCACCACUGCCUUCCAAGACACCUCCAGCGCAGCAACCGCGGCCACUGUCCGGGGAGCAGCAGCAACUAUUGCCGCCACCACCGCAGAGCGUGGAACCAGAGUCGUUUGUUGCUGUGGAGCCCCCCGAAGAAAGUCUGCUGUAUCCUGCACUGGACUACGUGCCUGUCGUUUUACGACCGUGGGCUCUGGCUGCCCUAAUUUUCUGCUGUCUGCUCAUGAUCGCGGGAAUUGUGUUUUGCAACGUCUGGUCUCGACGACACUCAGGACUCUGGUAUUAUGAUGGCCAAGGUGGUUCACAAUAUUUCGUUUUCCAGUUUCUCCCACAAAUCUUAGCGGCAAUCAUCACCAUUUGGACCUUUGUUGUUCAGGCCGCGAUUUAUCGCAUAAUGCCCUUUGCGACUAUGGGAUCAGAACGCCCCGUGGACCAUGUCUUGCAGAAACUUCCAAUUCUGUCGCAGAAUUUCCUCCUUCCGGACAUUUCGCAUUUUCGACAUGGUGAACCGGCGAUCGGCAUUUCUCUGUUUGCAAUCUGGCUUUCCAAUUUCAUCUCGAUACCCCUUCUCAGUUGUCUUUUCCAAGCAAAGUGGUAUGAUAUUGACGGACAAGGCACAUGGCAGUGGGCGUCGGUUCUCGCAGUUGGCUGGACGCUUGUGGCUAUCUACGGAUUGCUGGUAAUCGGGUUGCUUAUGCUCAUGCUGCGUUUCGCUCGCACUUGGUCUGGCUUGAUGUGGGAUCCUACUAGCUUGGCCGAUCUGAUCUCUAUCAUUCAGAGAUCUAACAUCUUACACGAUUUUGAAUACUCCGAGGUCGUGCCUCAUGUUGGAGAGACGCUGGAUCCUCGAGUUCUCCGACUGGGCUAUUGGCGGUUGUCGAAUAGGGACGAAAUCUUCUAUGGUGUUGGUGAAGUUGAUGCUCCGAUACGCAGUCCGUCUUUACACCGUACGGAAAAGACCCGAGGAAAACAGCCACACGGUCUAUUGAGGGUCUCCUUUGACGUGGAACAGCACGCUGGCUUUUCGAAAGAGAUGGAUGAUCAUCCUUUGUAUUCCAAAUCAGCCCGUUAUCGAUGGACACCGUGGUUUCUUCGGGACACUUGGGUGGUUUUGUGGUCGGUAAUUGUUUCUGCCCUAUUCAUCGCUUUCGUGCUGGCCAGCUUUAUCCAUGACGCGAUCAAAGGAGGAUUCCCACCCCGACUGCCAACUCUUCCCUCGACUGGUGCAUUUUCAUCAUCCAACUUCUUGUACAGCUUCAUUCCCGCUUUGAUCGGAAAUGUACUGUUUUUGCUUUGGCAACCCGUAGAUGUUUACUUCCGUGGUCUGCAGCCUUUCGUCGAGCUCUCCGCGCCAAACGGGGCGCCAGCCGAGCGAAGCCUUCUGUUGUCGUAUCCGGCCCGUCUCCCAUUCGAAGUGACUGUUCUGGCGAUUCUCAACAAACACUACAAAGUCGCCUGGAUCUCCCUGAUGAGCGUGGUGUCGGUCGCUAUUCCCAUUUUGGCUGGUGGAGUUUUCAUUGCCCUAUGGUAUCCUUCACACCAAGAUAUUCGGAUUGCGGCCCUGAUGCCUGCAUUCUAUACGCUUGUGGCAUUCUGCGCUUUGUACAUGGUCUCAUUCCUGUGUAUCUGGCCACGCCGUUGCAGAUAUCUACCCCAUGAUAUCAGCACGGUGGUAGAUCAGAUAAGCUUCCUUUACCAAAGCCCUUUGCUUUCCGACAAGUUGUUGCGGGAGCCCAGAAGCAAGACCGACCUUGUCACUCGACUCAUUAUGGCGCCUCCGGGAGAGAGAGACUAUCCCAUGUACGGUUUCGGGAUCUACAUCGGACGAGAUGGGAAAGAACACCUUGGGAUUGACCGUUUCCAUCGACCCGGUAGAUCUGAUAUGCUGAUUACCACGGGAUCAAUGAAAUGA